CCCGUUCUGACACCGAGACAAAAACAAGAAAGCGGUAUGAAUGGUAAAGGAGCGAGCAGGCAGGGAGAAAGCAAGAGGAGGCGGUGAGGCUUUGUAGUCGGCGAGGAAUGCGGAAACGCUCCUGCUCUGUGUCAAACUGCUCUGAAGGGGGUCAAGGCACAUUCAGCCAGCGUGGGAAAGCGAGGAGGAGACCAAGCACACACACGAGCGCCGCAUAAACUUGCAUAGAUGGGAAAAGCAUAAGAGGGAAGGGCGGUUAUUUGCGGAUCGAUGAGAGAGAGAGAGCGAGCGAGCGAGAGAGAGAGAGAGAGAGACGAUCCCUUGCUUUCGCUUGGUUUGCCAGUUUAGUUGCAGUGGUGCGGUACUGCUGGAGAUGGGGGUUAACGCGUGCACCAUCCCUCUACCUGUGUGGCCAGUCGCGAGGACGCUGAUGUGAUGUGCGUGAAGACGCUGGGAAAGUGAGCGCUGUUUUACACAACUUUAUGAAUGACGCGACUCUCCAGGCGGAAUAUCAUCAAACGGGCAGUGCACGUGCCAGCGCCGCUCUCCCGAUAAUGCCUUUGUGAACUAUCCUUGCGCUCGUCACAUUUCGGCAUUCCCCGCAGUACCUCGCCGUGAGAAAACAUGGACAAAGAGAGCCUGACCCAACAGUACGAGCCGGUGGCUGAGAUCGGCGAAGGUGCGUACGGAAAGGUCUACAAAGCACGGGAUCUGAAGAACGGGGGCCGAUUCGUUGCCCUGAAAAGAGUCCGGGUCCAGACGGAGGAAGAGGGAAUGCCCCUGUCCACUAUCCGCGAGGUGGCGGUACUGAGACAACUGGAGUCGUUUGAACAUCCAAAUGUGGUCAGGUUGUUUGAUGUAUGCACAGUUUCCAGGACUGAUCGGGAAACCAAACUAACUUUGGUCUUUGAACAUGUGGACCAAGAUUUAACUACAUAUUUGGAGAAAGCACCUGAUCCUGGAGUGCCUCCCGAAACUAUAAAGGAUAUGAUGUACCAGCUGCUGCAGGGUCUGGAUUUUCUCCACUCCCACCGCGUGGUUCACCGAGAUCUUAAACCUCAGAACAUUCUAGUCACCAGUGGAGGACAGAUCAAGCUGGCUGAUUUUGGUCUGGCACGCAUCUACAGCUUUCAGAUGGCUCUUACUUCUGUGGUUGUCACAUUGUGGUAUCGUGCUCCAGAGGUGCUGCUUCAGUCCAGCUACGCUACCCCCGUAGAUCUGUGGAGUGUCGGCUGUAUCUUCGCAGAGAUGUUCCGACGACGCCCUCUUUUCCGUGGGAAUUCGGAUGUUGACCAGUUAGGCAAAAUUUUUGAUGUGGUGGGGGUCCCUUCUCCAGAAGACUGGCCUCAGGAGGUGGGCCUGCCCCAGAGUGCCUUUUCCCCUCGCCCUCCCCAACCCAUAGAGGACCUGGUGCCAGACAUGGAUGAGCUGGGCAAAUCACUUUUACUUCGUUUUCUGUCAUUUAACCCCUCCAGACGGAUAUCAGCGUAUGAUGCACUGUCUCACCUGUACUUCCAAAGUCUGGACAGCACCAGCAAGAGUCUGUAUGCCCAACCCUUCCCCAGCAAAAAGCCCUCCCUGGAGGAGAGAGCUGCUUAAAAGACUCGAGGCUUCCACUUUAGACUCCGUGUUAAAGACAUAGACCCCCAUCCAGCCCCAUUUGAACCAGUCUUCCAUUGCAUAACAUCACAUGCUGCUUUUAGGACUCACAACAACUGUUGUUCGAUCGUAUUUUUCUACGCUCUCACUACUGCCAGCUAAUACAUAGCAACAAACAAACAAACGUGCUGCCUGGAAUACCGUUUGAAAUAUCAAAAGCUGCUCUCUUCCACUUUAAAGGAAAAUGGUCUGCUCCGAGGAAAAUACGCAUCACAACACUGCCAGGGAUCGUCCGUCUGUUCCCGAGACCGCAAUUUAUACCGCUCUGAACCAAGUCUUAGCUGCAUAUCACUGCCUGGAACACGUGGGAUCGUUUCAAUCUCGCAAACAAGAACUACUGCAAAUUAGGGGCCCGUUGAACGGCGCCUCUUAUUUUACACAUUAAAAUGAUCGUUUUUUACGUUCAUGCUUAUGAAAGCCUUCAUGGUGUUAGGAUUUGUUUUAUUUUCUGGUGUUUAGCAGGAGCGUGAGGACACGCCAACUUGCAAGAUGCAAAGCCGUUUUGAUGACUGCAAAACACGCAGAAUCCAUUAGUGUUCGAUUGAAAAUGGCAUUUCACGGCCUCACGAGUCUUCCGAGCAUCCUGCUGUGUUCACCAUCGAGUGGACGACAGAACGGCGCAACCAAACGUUUUGACUUCAAGCACUAUUUAACUACACAUUUCCUUGACAUAAUAAUGUGUUUCCACACGUAUUUCUUUCCAUUAUUUCUACAUUCUGUUCCUCUAUUUUAUUAUGUCAGUGUUGAUUGUUGACAUCUUCUUUUUGGCACGUCUUAAUUUUAGUGAACUUGAACGUGUAGGUUGUUGUAGAGCGCUAAGUAUUGUUGAUUUAUACCAAACAGUCUGCACCCUGUUGUCAGGGACUUGCGUAGUGGAAGGUUGACCCGUGCCGGGGUUGCAUGUUGACUUUAGUGUUGGAUUUAGAACAGAAAUAAGCCACGGUGGAAAAACAUGUAUGAAAGUGUAGAGCAACGUUAGGAAAUGUCUAGUAAAAGUAGUCAUAGUAUUGGUAAGUUAUGUUAAAGGUCAGGUUGCGAGAGUUGUCGGAGAGUUGUAGUUGGAGAGUUGUUGGAGAAUGUGUAUUAUCCCAUUACCGGUCACUCGAGGUUCUUUACUUGUGUUACAUCCUUCCAUUUUCAAUUCCACCGAAUUGUUGAUUGAUGGUCGCAAAAUUGGCCGCAAGCUGUAACGUUUGAUAGAUAGGCAGCUUUCAUGCUUUUAUAUUUAGCGUGUGGCAGGAGAGUUGUAUUAAGAAGGUGGAGGGAAGGAAGGAAGCUGCUUCAGAUUUUAGAUUUAGAAAUCUGUUCCAUGUGAAGAUGUUGGAAGAGAUUUAAGGAGCUGUACGCAGGCACUGUAUUGCAUUUCUACAAUGAAAGGUUCACACAGUUAAGCACUGAUGCUUGAUUCAUACUCUCAGGAUCAGUAUACUCAUUCUCUCACAUUCCAUACUCAGGUCUAUUUAUGACUUUAGUUUUAGAUUCAACCAUGGUUCAGGUUUUAGCGUAAACAUUUUACAGUAAAACGCAACUGAUGGUCUCAGCUAUCCGUUGUCCGUGAUUUCAUACUAUAGCGAUACAACUAUAGCACGGUAACUGUUGGGUUAUUUAUGUCAUCAUCAUUCACUCACAUUUCCUUCAAUUCACGUACACUGUUCUGGAAACAUGUUGGAACAGAUAAUGGAACACACAGGUGGUCAUUUCACCAUUUAUUUUUUUAUUUAUAUAAUAUUAUUCUUAAUAUUAUAUUUUAUGUAUUAGAUCACUGUUGUGCAGCAACUUUUGUACUGUUGAUGUUUUCACAAAUAUUCUCUGAUGGUUCAUAGGCCCAAUAAAAUCUGCGUGUAUGUAUCUAAUGCACAGAAAUAGUUUGUCAUUGGUGUAAAACACCAUCCAGCUCCACUGAACUGAUAUUUUGUUGGCGCAGCCUUACCCUCCUCCAAAAUGUCGGCGUUUGUAUUUUUUUAAGAGGGCAUUAGAUAUCACACCCAUGUAUACCCUGUAUGCCUUUUUGUUUGUGGGUCUUGUAUAGAACUAAUCUGUUUUUAAGUUUGGUUAGUCAAGAAAGUAAUUCAUAGUGUUUUAUGAUUAUACAUGUGUUAAAUGUUUGGCUUUCGAAUGUAUGACUGUUCUUGUUAGUGAUGGAAUUUGAAAUUUGGCGUGAUCAUGCUGAAAAAUAGCACCUUUGAUAUUUACCCAUCUCAGUGCUUUUCCCCCCAAAUGAUGCUUUUUAGUAAACCUGUUGUGGCUUUAUCACAUUUAUGAUUAACUUUGAAUUAAAGGUAAAUGCGUUGAAAUGAUUUUAGUUAGGGUUUUUUUAUCAUUUGUUUAUGUAAUCGGAUAUCAUUUUAAGCAAACUACUUUUGGAAAUUGUGGACAUUGGUACAUGAUGUUUUGCUCCCUACUUACUUCCUCUACAAUUUUUAAUUUGUUCUUAUUUAUUGACAUUUUGUUUUUGGAUAGUGAUGCUUUAAAAGGCAUUCAGUCAUUUGUCAUUGAAAUGAACUGUAAUUGAACCGUGGUCAGCUAAUGGUGCUAAAGCCACAUAUAUCACUGAAGACUUGAACAAAUUGAAACAAAAUUGUUCCCAGGAGAACGGUAACAAUAAAUGUCUUUACAAAUAUUUUCGAUAUUUUAUUUUUAUUGUUUUUUUAUUGUUUUUUCAAUAUAACAUAAUUUAUAAUAACCCAGACAGACAGUACUCUGAAUUUAAAAUCAUGAAGCUGGAACAUUUUAAGAAAUAGUUAACAGUAAUGUAAUCUAGCAAAUCCAUAAUGAAAUACAUUCUCUAAUCAAUGUGCACACAUUUUUUAAUAUUUAGCUGCUGCACAGACACUGUAUGAAUUGUUCUCAUUAUAAGACUCUUAAAUGUUAUUUUUAUCAGCAGCCUAAAUAUUCAUUGAUAAUCAAGUGUUGUAUCACUUUAGACUGCAUGAUGUGUAUUGGGGUUCGAAGAUUCAGAAUACUGAGGAAUGAUUUCUGGGCUUUUAAGAUAUGUUUUUAUUUUGUAAUCAUAAUUAUGUAUCCUAUUUCUUAUUUUUGGUCUUUAUUUUAUGGAUUCAUUUAAUCUUUUUUAAUGUAAUUUUUGAACAUCUUUUAACUGUGCACAUUGAUUAAAAGUUAAAAGUUUUGGUCAGGGUUUUUUUCAUUUGACUUUCCCCACAUUGGCAGACGAGUGAUAAAGUGCAUUUUUCUAACAUUUUACAUUUUUGCUGUUUAUGCUGUCAGCUUUUAGUCGUUUAUAAAAUACUUUUGUUAUGGGGAAGGAGAAAUGCGUGAAAAUUUGUUGUCAAUGCUUCAAUUGAAAGUUUUGUUUAUUUGUUUAUGUAAUUAUAGAGCUAAAAUAAUUUUGCAAUUUCUCUGCUUUUAGCUUUUACAUUUUACAUUUUUGCAAGUAGAGCACAUGUGGAUUUAGGUCAGAGUACAAUACGUUACUAUCACAUGCAUGUGACAGAUCUUACUUUUGUCUUGUCUGGGUGAAUAGUUAGCAUUAUACAUAAUGUGUUUUCAUUUGAAGAUGUUCUGAGUUCUGAAAUUCAGUUUAAUUUCUCUUAAGCUGUGUUCUCAUGUUAAAACAGCACAAAUAGUUUUGUUGCUAAAUUAAUUUCAUUUAGCUACUCUUCUAAACACUUGCACGUCUCACUAAAGUGCUAAAAAUUUGCAAGAACCAAAUUGAAAUUAGAUUGUUGGUCACUGCCCUUUUUAUGACCAUACUAGUUUUUGUUAGUUUGUUUUUGUUAAAAAGGGUGAAUGGUAUGUAGCCUAAGUGUUUUAUAUAUCUUUGUUGUCUGUGGACUGGUUUUGCUGCUAAUGUUUGUCUUAGGCUCUGGCUCCUGUAUGAGUUAUUAAACUGGCCCACAUAAAGAUGAUUCCAAUUUGCCAUUGAGAAAAGCUGCUUUUUGCAUUUUUGUAUCUGUAUCUGCCUGACGUUUUCAUAUUUUUGUAAAAUAAAUAUUAGUUUGUAAAA